CUGAGAAGCGUAUCGUCUUCAUGGCCGUCUGUUUACAGAGGCGUUUUGCUCGCUCUGUCUGCCCGAGUACUCUGCAGAGAACCUGCGUGGGUUUUUAAUGGAUAUUACAAGGGGAAGCCUGGAUGACAUUUCAAGGCCAGCAUCUAGCUCAAGAAUUAAUCAUGGGAGCAAAGUUUUAAGCACAUCCUUAGAGAUUUUAACACCAGCGCCAAGCCUGCCUAAGGUUGCUUUUUAUAAUGAUCACAAAGAACAUGAGUCAAAAGAAAAUUAUGAUGAAAAUAGAGAGGAAUAUGGAACCAAAAAAAUGAGAACCUCGGAAGUCAUAUCUGAAGAAAAAACGAAUAGUAGUUUCCAGCUGGUAAUACAGAGUACAAAUCAGGUAAAAGAAUAUUCCUCAAGCUCAGCAGAUUCUGAAGAUGACUGGGCUGAAAACAGACGGUCUUGUUGCAGCAAUGCUUCUCAGAAUGAACUAGCUAGAUUAGCAAAAGUGACAGUCAAUUCUGCAUACCUGCAAGACUCCAAGGAGAAAGAUGUAGAUCCUCGCAUCCUGAAAGCUAUAAAGAAGAUGGAAAGGUUGGAUCAGAUAUUGGCCAACAAACAGUCUCAAGAAAGGGCAAUUAAAAAACAAGGCAGGGAAAUGAGAACUAAACUGUGGGAAGAUUUUCAGUCUAUGACAUCUCGAAGUUCUUCUGUGGUUACUGAAGAAGCAGAAAACACCAGCAGAUUUUUAGCUUUGACCACACCGUCACCGGAAAUGCCUGAUUCUCCAGCUGCUGAAGAAGAUGAAAUGUUUGUUAGUGUAUUUGACACGCAGAUUCAUCCAGAAAAUUAUGGGAAUAAUAGUAGACAAACCAAGCAAGGUGACGAUAGAACAAGAAGCUCAAUAAAGAAAAUGGAAAAGAUGACUAAGAAAAGUGAAACAAGCAGUAAAAAAACUGAUUUUGUUAAAAAGAACAUAGAGCUGGCCAAGGAUUCAGUUAACCAAGUAGUUAUGCCAGAGGAAGAUAAGAAGAGGCUGUCAGAAUUGCUGAAAGAUACUGAAGAUGAGAGCAGUGAACUUCAAGUCACUAAGGAAGAAGCAACUACAAUGCUAGCACCAGGUGAAGGUUACACACCUGAGCCAUUGGAAUACCAUCACCUUACUGAAAUCAAUGCCAAACUCAAACUAGUAAUCUCUGAUGGAAAUUUAUCUGCAGAUCAGAACUCCUGUUCAAUAGUCUCUAAACAGAUUUAUCAGGAAUCUUUGGCUUAUGCAAAUAGAAAGCUGGAAACAAUUCCAGGUGAAAAGGUUUUAAGAGACACUAAAGAAGAACGAGAUCAGCAUAACCGGCUUAAGGAGAUUGACCAGCAGCUGAAAAACCUGGAAGGGACUCCAGAUGUACUGCCUUGUCUCUCAGAAGAGCAGCUUAAUGCCCUUCUGGAAGAAUGUAUGCAAACCCCAAGAAGAGUAAACAGUCUUACCUUGCCAGAAUCUCAGGGAUCCUUUCUUGAACGAACAAGUCUCUGUUGCAACACAGCUAAAGACAUCAUUCCAUCAGAUGAUGCCCAAAGUGUGGAAAAGCUGGCAAACCCAGAAAUGAUGGAUGCUCAAGAUAAUGAUACAUGUUCAAAGGAAAUGAUGGAAACCUCUGACUGUAAUCUCAGCAGAGCAUUGGAUGAAUCUCACCUGUUAGAGAAAAAAGAAAAUGAGAAUCAAGAAAGCCAAGAGGAGGAGAUUGUGCAUGCCAGUAGCUCUGAGGACUACUUCAUGUCAAUAGCCCUUAGCACAGACAACCUGAAAAAGCCUUCUUUUCUUGAUGAACCUUUUUAUUGUAUCAGCACGAACAAUGAGCCAUCCACAGAUGUCAACAUUCCUAGCAUACCAUUGAAAACCAGAGGAGAUGAACAGCAAGAUGAAGACAUGACUGAAGAGUAAAAUGCUGCCACCUUCAGUGCAUUGGUAAAGUCUAUUUUGUUGGUUAUUGAUUUACUUAGUGAAGAUCAUUUCAGAAAUCAUCCAGAUCUGAGCCAUAUUCGGUGAAGAUGUUUUCCCCAUAGUAAAUGCUUUUUGUCUUACUUUUCUGUGGCAAUUGGACUUCUAAAUAAAAAAUUCUCUGUUAACUUGAUUUCUGGAAACAGCAUCAAUACCUUGCAUGCAUGUUAAUGUUUGUGUUUUUUUUAAAAAAAUAAUCCCAAAGAUGUAGUUUUAGGCUUCUCUACCUGGUUUCUAAUUAUGAAAUCUUGAAGAGUCUUAGGAAAUAAACUACAUGACACUGUAUGCCUAGGUUGUCACGGUGCACGCACUAUAGCAGCAGCUUUUAUGUAACUGAGACAUAAGUCCACAUUCUUUACAGUGAGCCAUAUUUAAAUAUAAACAGAAUAUGUGUUUUGCAGAUUCAUCUAAACAGGAGGCAUGCAGAGAAUGGGAUGCUCAAAAGUACCUCUGUUUUCUGUUUGAAACUUGAUUCCCUGCUACUUAUAAGAAUCAGGACAUGUUCAUUCUUGUGUGUUAUUUGAUGAUGAUUUAUACAAAAAUCUGAGUGGGGAAGAACUGCAAAAUGCUGUCAUUACUUUUAUGUUUGCUUCUGUGGUUUGUUUGUUUGUUUGUUUAUUACUUUGAAAACAUCUACAGUGACUAGACUCUGUGCAACACUACACCACCACCACAAAGGCAUGGGCCCUGUCCACAGGUUUAUCAUCAAAGAUAAAGUCUAGUCACGCAUUAGCAUAGAGUCAAUGUACAGGCAGCUGUGCAAAACUGUGGACAGGGAGUCAUAUUAAAUCACAUAGUAACAUACAUUCUGUUAGAAGUAAAAAACAGCCAGUCUGCUACUCAGAUGCACAUUCCAUUUAUGCCAACACCAAUGCAUGUGUGAAAGCCUGUUAUUCUGGCAAAUCAUGUAGGGAACUGCCCUGCCCUUUCAGCAUUGAGUAAAAAAGAAGAUAGGGAUUUAUUUAGCAUUCAUUAAUCAUCCAUACUGUGUUGUUCAACAAUAAUUAGAAACCCGAGGCCCCUGCCUGUAGUUUAACAAUCUACAAAUUAGAAACAAGGGAGUAAAGGGGAGCAAUAUGAGCAAGUGGUUGUUGAAUAGCAAUAGGAUUAUAAUAGAUUGUGCCUCGUCCUCAAAGGCGAUCGUGCGAGAAGAGCACAGUGGGCCCCCUAUGAAGGGUAUUUGCACUGAAAUAUCUUGCUGAUCUGUGCCUCCGCCUGCAGCUGAGUGGGCAUUGCCUUGGAAGGAGCCAUCUAGCGGCAAGAUGUCCCUGAUAAAAGAGGAGCAGUAGUGUUGCAGUGCCAUGGUUGUAGCCAUUUGCUCUGGAGAUUGGAGAGUCUGGCUGUACAUACUUCUAAUAUGUAGCCAAGCCCACUCCCAUGGCACGUCUUUCUAAACCUUGACCCUUGCUGUGGGUUUCCCAAUUGAAGAUGUGGCAUUUGACCACCACUGAUGAUUAAGGCAAUUGAGGUUUAAUUUUAAGAAUGGAUUUAUGUAUUGGUGAGGGGUGGGCAGCUUUAGUCUCUCUGCUUAACAAACGAGGUUGGCAUAAGGAACACAACCAAAGAGGAGAGAUGCCAGGUGAAGGAGCUGAUAUAACAGGCAUUGGGCACAAGUGCAAAGGAGCAGGUUUAAACCUGUUGGUACAGGAUGUCCCAAGAGCAGGGAUUGGUUCUGGCAGAUCAGCAGAAGCGCACGUGGCCGUCUGACUAAGUGAAGGAGCAAGAAGCAGACACCAACUUGUCUUGCUUUAAUAAUAGAAACAGAAGCCUGGCAGGCAAGCAGCAGAGCGGGCUGGAGAAGCUGCUAUGCAAAACUGAUGUCUGUUUAAACAGCAGCAACUGUAAAUCCAGAAGUGGCCAAAUACUAUUGGUUGAACAGACUGAUUCUGUUUAGAUGACAGUGGAGGAUGGAGCUCAGUUGCAUCUGGUACAAUCUCUUAGCACACAGUUUGCGGUAACCAUGUGCCGCUCAGGCCCUGCUGCAGCCUGAUCAAGAUGGGAAAUUGGGAGCAGAGCCUAGAAGCUUGCCAUGGUUUCUAGUAAUGUGGGCACCUUUGUAGCCGUCUAAUCCUGCCAAACUUCCUCUUUCUCUGGUGCUCUUUUAUAUCCUUUUUAGCUGUAAUAGGAUUGUGUGCAGCAUAGGCUUUUCUUUCACUGUACCAUUUUUGAGCAUCUGCAAAGCUGCUAAGCAAGCCAAAAUAAACACGUUCCUUAAAUCACAAAUCACUGCAUGCCAAUAUUCAUUUGCCUUAAUUUUACACCUGGUUAGACAAGACACCUUUGCUGUGGUUAGAUAUAUACAGUGACAUUACUGUCAGAAGUUCUGACUGCCACAUGACCCAGAAGCUGUACGCCAGCUGCCUCGGCCAAUAAAGUGAGAUGAGCGCCGCAACCCCAGAGUCGUCUGCGACUGCACCUAACGGUCAGAGGUCCCUUUACCUUUACCUUUAUAAGAGGCUGACACAAAGCAACAUCUUACUGACCCAGUUUUGGAUUCCUCAGUGUUAGGGUUAGCACUAAGCUGCUGAAACAAGUGAAGCAGGUAUCACUAUAUACCCUUUCAAUACAUUCCCCUCUUCUUCUACCCAUACCUGUUCAGCUGUCUUCACAUUGUCAUAUCAGUCCUUCUUUGAUGAAUUUUACCACUUACUUACGACAUGAUCAUACUAAGGACCUAAAAUUCAACAUCUAGGUCCUCAGGACGGAUAACUGAUGUUCAGAAUCAUACUAGUAACCGUUUCUGCCUUAUAGAGCUUUCCUUUGAUCUAGUUAGAACAGCACAAAAAAUUGGGAGCUACGGUAACUUAAAUUCCCACAACAGCAGUUAUCCAGCAGAGCUAAAGCUCCAGAAGAUGUCCCACCAAGUCUGCCUGUAUAUCAGAGAUAAGGAACCUGGGGCCCACCAUGAUCAGGGAUAAUGGGAGUUGUAGUCCAGCAAAAUCUGGAGGACCACACUUUCCCUGUCCCUGUUAUAUGUAGCCCAGUGUGUUCCAGUCCAAAGUCCAUUACUCAGUAGGUAAACAGGCGCAGAAAAUAAACAAGAUAAAGCAUGUUCUUUGCUUAGUUUGAGCAACCUUCAUAAAACAAGCAUGUAACAUCUUUUUGCAGAAUCCUAUUACCAUCCAAAGCUUUUCCUCGACAUCCUCCCUUGUACUGUAAUAGGGGCGUCAGGCCAAAAUAAGGCAUUUGACAUAUUGCUACCCACCCCUCUCUUACGCAUAACAUUGUAGGGAAUAUUAGCGCCUACUGUUGUUCUCCUGUUGGCUGUAUUAUUUUUUUAGCCAAGUUUUACUUUAGUAGUUCCAUUAUAGCAUGCAAUCUUUCAUGAAAACUACCGUAUUGGCCUGAAUAUAAGCCACACCCCUCCCAAAUUCCGACUGUGAAAAGUUAAAGUGCGGCUUAAAUUUGCGACCUUACAAAAAUUGGCUUUUGCGAUAUCGCUGCUGAAACAGACUUUUGGUAAAACAGAAUGGGGAUGAGUGCCUGCAAAAUUUUAAGGGAGUGGCUUAUAUUCGGGUGUGGCAUAUAUUUGGGUCAAUACAGUAAUUGCUAAUGAUUUUUAUUUUGUGGUACAGGCACACUCUCUGUGCAGGCCAACUUAUAGGCAGCAGGGGCAUUCAGUCUGAAACAAUCUCUUGUUUCUGUUGGUCCCAAUUCCCAGCAAUUAUGCCCAGGACGGCAGUUUCUUUCCCAUUAUCCCUAUAAGGAGGGUAGUGUUCCCAUCACCCCCACAAUUUUCCUAAUUUCAUUCAUCACACUUUUCAAAAGCAUGCAGAAGCCAUUCUAGAGCGAGACGCAAAAUUAGAUUUCUCAAGUGUGCUCCUGCACUUUUCUUUUUUCUUUGUCUACUCAGCUGCCAUGUCUCAUGUAGGGGUGAUCAAGUCCUCCGGAAAUGAAUAGGCAAACAUGAUUGUUUUCUCCCCAGUGAGUUUGCACAUUUUUAAUGCUGACCAAAAGUGAGGGGGUUCAGUUUUUCCCCUGAGAAACAUCUCUUCAUGCUUUUAUGAGAAAAACCACACGUUUUGAGUAAAAUCCCCCCCCUCUCACUUUCUGCUCCUGUACUUCCCUUAAGCAUCUCGUUCUCUGUUGCAUAUUUCUUGUUCUGAGCUCUCUGGCUGCUUCCUCAGCCUCAGGAUCACCUGCUAUGGCUGUUUCAGCUCUGCCUGGUUUGCGGGUGCUCUGUUCUGCUCAUGCUCGCUGUUUUUCCUUCUGCUUACAGCAUGGGGGCAUGGUCUCCACUGCUCCACUUUGUAGCAUUAUACAGGCAAGUGACCUGACCAUUUUAGGCUCUUCUAGUUGUCAUGUGAUCGCCAAUGCCCAGGUCCUUUUGGACCCAGAAGAGGGCAGAAUAGGGGCAGCGGACGCUUAUGCACGCUCCCCUGGUACACACAGGGACUGGGAACAGAAGCCCCUGAGAAAUGGCCCCCACCUAUAUAGGUAAUAUGUUUGAAACACUUUGCAGACGAUCACCUCUAACAGCCAUAAUUGUCCUCUUGUUCUUGAAACGACUCUGCCUUCUAAAUAACAAAUGUCCCCUGCAGACCACAUUAGAUCUCAGUUCUUAUUUUGACUGACUUGCCUGGAAUAACCUAUAGCCUAUCUGGCAAUGUCUGUUUUCCAUUGUCCCUGAGAUAGGCACCAAGAUGCAGGCAAAAAAUGUACA